UGACUUACCUUUCCUGUCCAUUCCAGGGCCACCAUGGAUGCUAUCAGCCAGUCCCCUGUGGAUGUCCUACUGCCCAAGCACAUCCUGGAUAUCUGGGCCAUUGUCCUCAUCAUCCUGGCUACCAUUGUCAUCAUGACCUCCUUGUUCCUGUGCCCGGCCACGGCAGUCAUCAUCUAUCGAAUGCGGACUCAACCAGUUCUCAACGGGGCCGUCUGAGACCCUUGCCAGCGGGAUGGCGAGUGUUAAGGGCAGGGGUCUCUCCACUAGCCCGUUCUCAGAAAGACAGUGGGGAGACCCGGGAGCUGGACUCGUGCUUUAGUUUUCAUUCUGCUGUUGGCCAACAGUGUAGACCCAAGGGACCUAACUCUGUGAGUCCCAAGCUCCUUAGCUUUCAGCUAUGGGUCAUGACCCCUGCCUUCCUACCUCACAGGGUUGUGAGAACCACGUGACAGUGGAGGUAAAAGCAGUGAAGCCACACAGACGUUGUGUGAGGAGAAGCUUUGCAGAACCAAAGACCCCUGAAGCUGCUGACGGGACAGGAGGUGACGUAGACUGGGAAAGAGGAACUUCGGCCCGUGCCCCGUAACCAGUUGUGCACUCCAUCCUCAGCAAAUCAGACUUUUUUUUUUAAGUGACACUUCUUCCAUUUUUCUCAGUUUGGGAGAAAGCUAGUAUGGCAGGGGAGAGAGAUAAGCAUAAGUUUCAGAAACGUCUCCGCCAAUCCCUGCUCCUGAAUGAGAGCUUUACCAUUGUGUACCAGUGCCGAAAAGUUGGCGAGAAGGACUGCUUUCUGCACUGAGCCCCCCAUCUCUGUUAGCGCUGACUCUCGGCCAUGUUGGGGAUUCAGGGCGGCUGAGUUUUCUGCCCAGCCUUUCAGCUCCUUGAUGUACCCGCAGUAGAGGAUUUCCCUGUUGCAGUUAGCUUCCAUCUUUUGUUAUUCAUCUUUUUGUGGCACUGGAGAUGGAACUUUGACCUCCUUCGUGCUGGGAAAGGCAUCUACCACUGAGCUACAGCCCCAGCCCUUCUGACUCCCACAGCUGUCUGAAGUACUUAUUAUUUUAAGAGAUUUCCCAGGACUUUUGGACCCGACUUAAAACAGCGAUGGUUAUUUUAGAUGCUAUGAUUUAUAUUUAUAUAGAGAUAUUCCUAGACUAUUAAAGCUCACCCUUUGAUACGGGAGUCAGGGUCAUCUUGGGAUUUACUGUUAUGUCAGAAGAUAGCAUAGAUAUUGGGGUAUAUCAUGCCAAAUGAGGCUUACUUCGAUCUUCACUGAUGUAUGAAUCUAGUUUCCAAUAAAUGUCUCCCUGAGCGUGUCUGAAAUUUUUCUCUGAAAAACGCCUACUGAACUUUGAACUUAGAUAAAAGGAUUCAACUCA